CUACCUGGGCCCCUUGAGUCCAGUGAUCAUGCCUAUCCGUGCGCUAUGCACCAUCUGCUCUGACUUCUUCGACCACUCGCGCGACGUAGCGGCCAUCCACUGCGGUCACACCUUCCACCUGCAGUGCCUAAUCCAGUGGUUUGAAACAGCACCCAGCCGGACCUGCCCACAGUGCCGAAUCCAGGUCGGCAAAAGAACCAUUAUCAAUAAGCUCUUCUUCGACCUUGCCCAGGAGGAGGAGGGCGUCUUAGAUGCCGAAUUCUUAAAGAAUGAACUGGAUAACGUCAGAGCCCAGCUUUCCCAGAAAGAGAGAGAGAAACGGGACAGCCAGGCCAUCAUCGACACUCUGCGGGCCACGCUGGAAGAACGCAACGCCACUGUGGAGUCUCUGCAGAAGGCCUUAGAUGAGUCCGAAAUGCUGUGCUCCACCCUCAAGAAGCAGAUGAAGUUCUUGGAGCAGCAGCAGGAUGAGACCAAACAAGCACGGGAGGAGGCCCGCCGCCUCAGGAGCAAGAUGCAGACCAUGGAGCGGAUUGAGCACCUACUCAAGAGCCAGCGGCCCGAAGUGGAGGAGAUGAUCCGAGACAUGGGUGUGGGCCAGUCCGCGGUGGAGCAGCUGGCUGUGUACUGUGUGUCCCUCAAGAAAGAGUAUGAGAAUCUAAAAGAGGCACGGAAGGCCUCGGGGGAGCUAGCUGACAAGCUGAAGAAGGACUUGUUUUCUUCCAGAAGCAAGCUGCAGACAGUCUACUUGGAGCUGGACCAGACCAAAUUGGAGCUGAGGUCAGCCCAGAAGGAUAUACAGAGCGCUGACAAGGAAAUCGCGAGCCUGAAAAAAAAGCUAACGAUGCUGCAGGAAACCCUGAACCUGCCGCCAGUGGACAGUGAGACUGUGAACCGCCUGGUUUUAGAGAGCCCAGCCCCUGUGGAGAUGCUGAACCCGAAGCUUCGGCGACCAGCCUUCAGUGAUGACAUUGACCUCAAUGCUACCUUCGAUGUGGACACGCCCCCAGCCCAGCCCUCUGGCACUCAGCACGGCAAUGCCAAGAAGCUCUGCCCGGAGAGGGCACACUCUCCCAUUCAGGACGUUCUCAAGAAGAUGCCCAAAGGCUGCAGGCAGGAGGCUCAGCUCUCGCUGGGCGGCCAGCUCUGUGUGGGAGAGCCAGAUGAGGAGCUGGCUGGCGCCUUCCCUCUCUUCAUCCGGAACGCGGUCCUGGGCCGGAGGCAGCCCAAGCGAACCAGGCCAGAGCCCUUUCGCAACACGGACACAGUAAGGACAGGCUUCGACGGUCUUGGAGGCCGGACAAAAUUCAUCCAGCCUACGGACACAACUACGAUCCGCCCACUGCCUGUGAAGCCCAAGGCCAAGGCUAAGCAGAAAGUGGGGGCCAGGAAAGGGCUCCCUCCCUCCCAAGCCAAGCUGGACACUUUCCUGUGGUAG